AUGCCAACUGCAACAGCUGCUCAUUCAAAACGGCCGCCAGUGCAAUUCACACCAAAAAGAGAAAGUGAAUUUAUUGCACCACAACCAGCAUCUGAACCAAGGAACCAAUGGACACCCAGACACGAUACAGCAGAUUACAGCUAUCCACGGGGAGGAGAAUCCACUUCUAAUGUAUCAGUGCUAGCAAGGUUCUUAGCUCGCCGUGAGCUACUCACAGCUGGACUCACGAAGUUCAAUGACAAACCCGAAAACUACUGGGCCUGGAGGUCCGCCUUCUCUAACGCUACUGAAGAUCUGGGUCUGAAGCCUAGUGAGGAACUUGACCUGCUGAUUAAGUGGCUUGGACCGGAAUCUGCAGAGCAUGCAAGGAGAGUGAGGUCGGUUCGAAUCAACUACCCUGGUGAGGCCCUCAGCAUGGUCUGGAGAAGACUAGAGGAGGUUUAUGGAUCGCCAGAGGCCAUGGAGACAGCACUCUUUAUCAAGCUCGAACGGUUCCCCAAGUUCUCCAAUAAAGAACCCAAGCGGCUACGUGAACUAGGUGAUCUUCUCCUGGAGAUACAGGCAGGCAAGGAGGAUGGGUUCCUGCCUGGUUUGGCUUAUCUGGACACGGCGCGAGGCAUUCAUCCGAUCCUGGAGAAAUUGCCAUUCAACCUGCAGGAGAAGUGGAUGGUGCAAGGUACAAGGUAUAAAGAAAGACACCACACCAUCUUCCCACCCUUCUCAGUGUUCGCCGACUUCAUUCGUGCAGAAGCAAAGAUGAGAAAUGAUCCAAGCUUCGCUGUUGCAGCGCCCAGCAACACGCCCAGCAACACGCCACCUAAGUGGGAGAAAUUCCCAACAAAAUCAGCUAAAACCCCUAUAGCUGUGCAUAAAACAGAGGUUGACAAUCCUGCCAAGGGUGAUGAGACCAAGGGUUCAGACAACCCGAAGAAAGAGUGUCCCAUACACAAAAAGCCCCACCCCCUACCUAAGUGUAGAGCCUUUCGAGCCAAACUGCUGGACGAACGUAAGGCCUUGCUUAAGGAGAAUGGCAUAUGCUUCCGUUGUUGUUCCUCAACCUCCCACCAAGCUAAGGACUGCAAGGCUAUCAUCCAGUGCUCUGAGUUCAACAGCGAUAGGCACAUUGCAGCCCUUCAUGCCGGCCCUGCACCAUGGACAACAAAGCCAGCUAGCGGCCCCUCUGAAGAGCAUGGCGGGGAGGGAGAGGAAUCUACUCCGGCUUCAGUCACUACCUCAAUCUGCACUGAGGUCUGUGGCGACAGCGCGGCAACCAAAUCCUGUGCCAAAAUCUGUCUCGUCUAUGUGUAUCCUAAAAACCAACCCGAGAGGAAGACAAGAGCAUACGCAAUCCUAGAUGACCAGAGCAAUAGGUCACUAGCCAGGUCAUCAUUCUUUGAGCUGUUCAGCAUAGCUGACAACACUUCUCCCUACACACUCAAAACCUGUGCGGGUGUGUCAGAGGCUGCAGGCCGCAGGGCAAGGGGGUUCAUAGUGGAGUCAGCUGAUGAAAAGACCAGUCUAGCUCUGCCUACACUCAUCGAGUGUGAUCAACUGCCUAAUAACAGGGCAGAGAUUCCUACGCCAGCUGCUGUGAAGUACCAUCCACACCUGAAAUCCCUAACUUCCAAGAUACCUCCCCUUGACCCGAGGGCCGAGAUCUUACUUCUUUUAGGGAGAGACAUUAUUCAGGUCCACAAGGUCCUUGAACAGCGCAAUGGCCCCCCACACGCUCCUUUCGCCCAGCGGCUAGCCCUCGGCUGGGUGAUCGUAGGGGAUGUGUGUAUUAACGGUGCACACGUACCCUCACCUGUGAACACAUACAGAACCUACAUUCAUGAGAAUGGGCGUCCCAGCGUUCUGUGUCCCUGCCUCAACAAAAUUGAAAUCAAAGAAAAGCUCAACCACACUUGUCAGUUCCAAAGUCCUUCAGCCUCAGAGCGGCAGUCCUUACCAAGUGACAAAACGCGACUCAUGGGGGAGUCCAUCUUCUGCCACACAAAGGACGACGACAAGACAGCACCUUCUAUGGAGGAUCUUGCCUUCCUGAGGAUUGUGGACAAGGAACUGAAACAGGGUGAAGACAACAGCUGGCAGGCUCCACUCCCCUUCCGAAGCCCACGCCAGCGUCUGCCAAACAACCGUGAGCAGGCUAGGACCCGUCUCGCUAUGGUCACCAAGACACUCAGGAAACACCCUGAGAGGAGAGAGCAUUUCACUGAGUUCAUGAGCAAGCUCUUCGAGAAUGGACAUGCUGAAGUGGCACCACCCUUACCACCAGAUGAGGAGAGCUGGUAUCUACCGUUCUUUGGGGUAUACCACCCUCAGAAGCCUGGACAGGUGAGGGUGGUAUUCGACUCCAGUGCACAACACCAAGGGGUGUCCCUCAAUGAUGUCCUCCUCACAGGCCCAAACAUGAACAACAGUUUGCUCGGGGUACUGCUGCGCUUCAGAAGGGAGCCAGUGGCCGUGACGACUGACAUCCAGCAGAUGUUCCAUUGCUUUGUCGUACGUGAGGACCAUCGGAACUUUCUGCGCUUCCUCUGGCAUCGCAAUAAUGACCUGGAUGACGACGUCAUUGAGUACAGGAUGUGCGUACAUGUCUUCGGAAAUAGCCCGUCACCGUCCGUAGCCACAUACGGGCUCCGAAGAGCUGCUGCAGAGGGAGAGAGGGAGUACGGCGUAGAGGCGAGGCUGUUCGUUGAGAGAAACUUCUAUGUUGACGAUGGCCUUCUGUCUGUCCCUUCAGAACAGGAAGCCAUCACUCUUCUUCACAACACUCAAGGUAUGCUGGCCCUCUCCAACCUCCGGCUUCACAAGAUCUUGUCGAACAGGGUGGCUGUGAUGAGAGCCUUCCCUCCUGAAGAUCUGGCUAAGGGGAUGAAAGAUCUGGAUCUCAGCACAGACCCCAUUCCCAUGCAGAGAAGUUUAGGGGUGAGCUGGGAUGUUUCGGAAGACGUAUUCACCUUCCAAGUUGCUGAUGCAGAGAAGCCUUACACAAGACGUGGGGUCCUGUCAACUGUUAACAGUCUGUUCGACCCACUAGGUUUCGCUGCCCCUGUAAGCGUUCAAGGAAGGUCCAUACUGAGGGAGCUCACCACAGAGUCAUGCGACUGGGACGCCCCUCUCCCUGAGGAAAAGUACAGAGAAUGGAAGCUGUGGAGGGACUCUCUGAAGGAGCUUGAACAGCUCAAGAUUCCGCGCCAAUACACCUCCAUCUCUCUCCGUCAAGCAUGCAGUAAGGAGCUGUGUGUAUUCUGUGACGCUUCCACCAUUGCUAUAGCUGCUGUCGCCUACGUGAGAACAACCGAUGCAAGCAGUAAUGUUGAGGUUGGCUUCAUGUUUGGCAAGGCAAAGCUUGCUCCACGUCCAGAAACGACAAUUCCAAGGCUCGAGCUGUGCGCUGCGGUCCUGGCUGUAGAGAUUGCAGACGUGAUUGUGGAUGAGAUGGACACCAUCUUUGACGCUGUGACCUUCUACUCAGACAGCAAGGUGGUCCUAGGCUACAUUCACAAUGAGUCAAGACGAUUCUACGUCUACGUGAGCAACAGGGUGCAGCGCAUCAGGAGGUCAACAAGCCCUAAACAAUGGAAGCACGUGCCCUCCAGCCAAAACCCUGCAGACCACGGCUCACGAUCAGUCCCAGCAGGCAGCCUAACUCACACCUCAUGGCUGUGCGGACCACCAUUCCUGUUGACAUCAGCUGAAGCUGAACCUGCACCUAAUUCCUUCAACUUGGUUGACCCCAGCUCUGACUCUGAUGUCCGCCCACAGAUCACUUGUCAUCUCAACAGGGUUACCAGUGGCAAACUUGACCCUAUGCGUUUUGAGAGGUUCUCCAGAUGGCGGUCACUCAAUCGAGCAGUUGCUAGGCUUGUGCAUGUUGCCCACUCCUUCAACCAGGGGAGCAGAUGCAAGGGUUGGCACAUCCAUGAAGAGCUCUGUCCCACAGACGACUUGGAGGAAGCAAGAAACAUCAUAAUACGGGCCGUCCAACAAGAUGCCUUCGCGGAGACUUUGGAUUGCAUCCGGGGAGGAAUAGCCAUUCCUAAGCAAAGCCCACUCCUCAGCCUGUGUCCUUACCUUGACAGUGCUGGCAUUCUCAGGAUUGGAGGACGCCUGUCCAAGGCAAACCUGGAUGGAAAAGAGGUCCAGCACCAAGGGCGGCACCUCACCGAGGGUGCUGUGAGAGCGGCAGGCCUGUGGAUUAUCAGUGGGAAACGGCGUAUCAGCAGCAUCCUUCAUCACUGCGUCACAUGCAGAAGACUACGCAGGAAGAUGGAGACUCAAAAGAUGGCUGACUUACCUGCGGACCGCCUCAGCGCAGAUCCUCCCUUCUCAUUCGUGGGUGUGGACGUCUUCGGACCAUGGAUGGUCACGGCACGGCGGACCAGAGGAGGACUUGCUAGCAGCAAAAGAUGGGCUGUGCUUUUUACAUGUAUGAGCACCAGGGCCAUACAUAUAGAAGUACUGGAGUCAAUGGACUCUUCAAGCUUCAUCAACGCUCUACGGCGGUUCUUCUCAGUCAGGGGGCCAGCGAAACAGAUCAGAAGCGAUUGUGGCACCAACUUCGUUGGGGCCUGUAAGGAGUUGCAGAUGGACUCUGUGACUAGUGACAAGGAGGUGCAAGGAUAUCUCAGUGACAAUGGGUGUAAGUGGAUCUUCAACCCACCACACUCUUCCCACAUGGGGGGCAGUUGGGAGCGGCUAAUUGGACUGGCAAGGCGUAUCCUGGACUCGAUGCUGUUGAAGGCCGGCCCAGCAAAGCUCACGCAUGAGGUCCUGACAACAUUCAUGGCAGAGGUCUCAGCGAUCCUGAACGCCCGUCCACUGGUUCCUGUGUCCACAGACCCUGACUCCCCAUUCAUCCUGACACCAGCGACACUUCUCACACAGAAGGUCAGUGCCCUUCCUCCUCCCAAGGGUGAGUUUGACGAGAAGGACCUCUACGGCAAGCAGUGGAGGCAGGUCCAAAGCCUCGCCAACACCUUUUGGCAUCGAUGGAGGACAGAGUACCUCCCCACCCUGCAGAAACGCAGGAAGUGGGAAAAAGAGAAACGCAAUCUGAAAGAAGGUGACGUCAUCCUCCUGAAAAACGACCAGUUGCAGAGAAACGACUGGCCCAUGGGCGUCAUCGUCAAGACCUUCCCCGGCACCAACGGGAGGGUAAGAAAGGUGGAGAUCAAGACUGCGAGGGAUGGGUCAAGCAAGACCUUUCUGCGACCUGUCUCAGAGGUCGUCCUACUCCUCUCCCCAGAGACUGAUUAGAGUUACCGUUCUUAGCUCCCCUUGUUAAAGGUGGCAUCUUUUUAGAUACCAGGCGGGGAGUGUGCUGGACUGGGUUUAUUUUACAAGUAAUUAAUGUGCAUUUCCUACUCCUGCCACUAGGUGGUGUCUUUGCUUUGGGGUUGGGUUUAACAUUUGGGCAGUCAUAUUGAAAUUCAUGAUAGUCAUGUGACACUUACAGGAAGUCACCUGGAAUGCUUUGUUUAUCAGACCAGUUUUGGCAUGGUAGUGUGAGCAGCAGCUACAUCUUAUUCCAUCCUCUUUUGAAUUCACUUUAUAGGAGCAUCGUCUGUGAGUAUCUUUGCAGGAUAUUGUUAGUGUAAUUACUUGAUGUGUUUAUUUCUGCAUAUUUUUGUAAUUUCAGCGAAGU